AUGAGUGUCCCUCGUGCGCGGUUGUUAGACUUGAUGAAGGCGCAAUGCCAAGUAUUCGCCACAACGUUCAACCCUGAGGGGGUUCGCAUGGGCAACAAGGUCUUGCGACAGCGACUCAAAGGCCCAGCGCUCGCCGCUUACUACCCCCGGAAGCUGGCGUCGAUUAAGGAUGUGAAGAAAGAAUUUGGUCCAGUGCUUGCCACGUGGGAUGACGCCGAGGAGGAUCGAUUCGAGUACAUUGAAGAACUCAAGCAACGUGGAAAGAGUGCACCGAAGAAGAAGAAGGGACCU